AUGGAUCUAUUUCGAUAUGCGAAUGUUGCUUGGCCUCGACGACGUAUACCUCGUGUGAUUCAUCAAACGUAUCGUACGUAUGUUAUACCUACUAUUUGGAAUACAACGGUACAAUCAGUGAUGAAGAUGAAUGCCAAUGAGUUUAAAUAUCGUCGAUGGUCUCAUGCAGACAUGGAUACAUUUGUUCGACAGCAUGAGCCUCACUUCUAUUGGAACACUUUUGUCAGUUAUCGAUAUGAUAUACAGCGUAUCGAUUCGUUUCGAUAUGUACUUUUGUUUCACUUAGGUGGUAUUUAUAUUGAUAUGGACAAUGCUUGUCAUCGUCCUUUUCGCGAACUAGUAGCCACUAUGGAGGCACUCGAUCCAGACUCGAUUCACCUUGCUCUUUUCCCGGCUGCAGAAGUAUUCGGCAUUCAAAACAACUUCAUGAUUAGUACUGCUGGUCAUCCGAUAUACAAGCAGUUUAUUUCACGAUUGCAUCUGUUCAAUCAUAAUUUUCUCAUUUAUCAUGUCACUAUAUUACUUAGUGUUGGUCCACUCUAUGCUACAAUUCAAGAAUACUUUUUCAAACAAACAGAUAAACAAAUUGUACGUACAUUUGAUAAUAGUAUGUAUCGUGCCAUGUUUUGGAAGACAAAAGGAGGUACAUGGUUUCAUCGAGACACUCUAAUGAUACUCUAUCUUUAUUACAAUAGACAUCGUGUUUUAUGGUAUUGUUUAAUAUUUGCUACGUGGCUUGCUGCUCUUCUUAUUGUAGUCAUAUUGUUCAGACAACAGCGAAGACAUUUUCUCGCUGCAUUGACAAUGAAAAGUCAAAAAUUAUUACUCUUCGCUGAAAAAUUCUCAACGACGAUUGAUAUUAAAUUAAUAAACAGAGAAAUUUAG